AUGGCAAGUCUGGGAGGCAGGUGGGCGCGGGCAGGCCGCCCCGCGCGUGGCGCUGCGCGGCCGCGGGCCGCGGCCAGCGCGCCGCCGGACCCUUUUGCCGAGCGGACUGUGUACCGGGACAAUGUGCUGGACCGGGCCAUGAUCUACUACUUCUCCAGCGUCAUGUCCAAGCAGCUGGGAGGCAAGCCGUUUGACGGCAGCUGGGACGGGUUUGUGGACCUGUCUCGGGAGAUCAUGCGGGGCCGCAACUCGGCGGAGCAGCAGGAGACGGUGGCGGGGGUGCUGGCGGGGCUGCUGCCGCCGCAGGCGCCCGAGCGCUUCCGCCGCUGGUUCCCGCUGAACAAGUUCAAUGCGGAAACCAAUGCCUUCAUCACCGUGCUGGGCUUUGCCUGGCUGGUGGGCGCCUCGGAGCUCAAGGAGGUGGAGGUCGAGUUUGAGGGGAGGACGCAAAAGUGGAUGAGCGGCGUGAAGAUCAAGAAGUGUCGCUACCUGGAGAGCAGCGGCUGCGUGGGCAUGUGCACCAACAUGUGCAAGCUGCCCACGCAAAAGUUCUUCACCGAGACCUUUGGCCUGCCGCUGACGAUGGACCCCAACUUUGAGGACCUGUCUUGCGAGAUGGUGUUUGGGCGGGCACCGCCGCCGGUGGAGCUGGACAAGGUGUACAGCCAGCCGUGCUUCACCAAGCAGUGCAACCUGGGCACUGUGAGCAGCAAGAACUUGAGCCAGCCCUGCCCCAAGAUCGACACGGAGCGCAGCAAGAAGGAGGCGGCUGGCCUGCUGCCGCUCGCAGCGGCUGCGGCAAACGACGCCCACGCGCCGUGGCAGCCAAAGUGAGAAGAGUUGCUGCUGAAUUUUGACCUGUAUGCUCGUAGCUAGCCGCCAAUUUAUCACCUCAGCAGAUUUUGGAGAGCAAAACCCAGACUUGUAUUUCAUGCCACGUUGACCAUUCGGCAUUGCGAUCGUUGCCCCUGCAAGCUUGUUCCCUGUGGCUGUGUUACUAUGAGAAUUAACCAAAGGCUGUAAUACUUGAGACUG